AUGUCUGCUCUAUCGUCUCCAUCGCCCGUGCUGGCCCCCACAGCCGAGGUCGAUGAAGCCAAGUUGCCUCAGGGCAACUGCCGUUACAUCAUGAUGAACACAGAAGUUAAGGGAAGCCGAUGUGCCUGUGUCAAUUUCACUUUGAACCAGGCUUUGCCCGGUGCUUCUUGUGAAUGCGGGCACCUCGCCUGCUUCCACCACAAGACCGCCGAGCCCCCAGCGGAUAGGCGGGAAAUGGAACUGCUUCGGCAAAGGGUACAGCAACUCGAGGAGCUCCUGGCAGAAGGCAACAGUAGAAGCAGCGAGGUGGUUCAACGGGUGAGCCAGCUUGAGGGGGUUGUGGACUCCCGCACCGAGGAGAUUGGCCAAGAGAUCAAAAAGACGUACGGAAACCUGAACCGAGCCUGGCAUUCCAUCGGAGAGCUCGAGAGACGGAGUGGCGACGUUGACAACCGUUUCCAAGCCAUGGGUGUGCACUUCAGGAAUGUUGACGGAGAGCUGCAAAGACUACAUCAAAGACAAUGCGAGCUCAACGAUGCUGAUCUCAGUCUAGAAGAGCAGCUCUUGGAGGUCGUCGAGAGCAUUGAAGUGGCAUCUGAGAUCACGCCUCCCAGAGGGAGGCAAAGACGCAAGUCGGUAUCGGAUUCCACGCCAGCACCGAGCAACUCUCCGAGAACAACCUUGGUGCCCGUGAGGUCAGGAGGCGUACCUGCCCGGUCGCCAGGGUCGACCCUUUCAAAUUUAUGGACUGUCCAUGUUUCUCUGCUUCCGAGCAGUUCGCUCCCCUUUCCCUUCGAACGGGACACCAACGCUUACAAACGAUGUCUCUCGAGAGGCUUGCACCAGAUGGUUGCAGUCAACGGCACCUCUGCUGAAGCCUUCGUCUCCGCAGUGACACGAGCUUUCAAGGAGAAUUUGAAGGACCGGCCUUGGGUACCCCUUCAAGCGAAAUUGUGUGACGCCGACACCCUUCAAGGUCUACCAAUGCUGCGUCCAUUAGACUCGUCACUCGCGAGCUCCAAGUUUGACGUCGAUUUCCUCCGCGCCCAUUGUGCCGUGCUCGACGUCCACGGGAACAUGGACUCCCUAUACAUCGCCAUGCGCCACUCGUCGCUCUCAUGGCAUGCACUAAAGCACUCGCCUGUGUUCCUGCAAGGCCUCGAGGCAAGCUGGGAGUACGAUCCCAUCCUGGACUCUAACGACCCUUUUGACAACGAUGAGAGCGUUGACGAAAACGACAGACCGUCGGCGGGGGACUUGGUCGGGAGUCUCCCAAACUUCAAGAGGGCGGCCUCGGAGAUGUCGAGGUCGUCCACGACGACUACAAUAGCUGACGGGGCCGAAGGGCGGCCCGCCAAAAAAGUUCCACGGACGGCUUGCCCGCCCUCCUUCCAAGGAGUUAGGAGGCGGCGGGUCGAGACCGUUUAA